AUGGAAAGGACAGGCAAUAUGCAGCAACGGCUUGGAGGGUUCAAGUCCCAAGUCCGAAAGUUGAUGGCAGUUUGUAUCGGUGGAAUUUUGUUGCUCUCUAGCGGACAGGGUCUUGCCGACAGUCUGCAUGAAGGACUUCAGAGUCUCAGUUUGAAGUCUCAAGUCGGCGUGAGUUCCAAGGUAGAUGUCACGGGGACACAUGCGAAGUGUGAAUUUUCUACGGCAGGCGCGGGAUCUAGCACUGCAGUUAGUAAACAGAGCCUGACGUUGUCAAAAGGAAGUCUCACGGCCACUCUGGAGUGUACCGCUAAAGACGGUGGAACCAUCUCAUCGAUUCCUAAUCCUCUGGCUGGAAAUGUGUGUGUUACAAAACAGAAACAGAGUGAAACACCAUGCAAUUUUGGGGAAAACGGAGGCGCCGCGGCGAGCGUCCAGGUUCCAUUGAAAGACGUACUUGGGACGACAAGCGCUGUUCAGUGGAUGAAUACCACUGCGGAACAGAAAGCCAUUCAAUCUCAAAAGUGGACGCUGAAGCUGAAUGAAGAAGACCUUCCUAUAUCCGACAAGACCUUUGACGUCGGGUGUACAUACACCACCACCGGCAAAGCAGCUGCAAAUCCCGCAGUGUGCCAGCUCACAGUCAAUGUGAAAGCAAGAGCCUCUUCUGUUGCAGACGAGAACGUCGUCACAUGCUCCUACGGCGCCGAGAGCAACUCAGAGGCUUUGAAGGUGGAUAUGACAACAACAAGGAACACGGUGACCAUUGACUGUGGGUCGGAGGGCACUUUGAAUCCUGCCGCAGAUAGCGCCCAAUACUGCAACCCACAGAACAAAGACUUGGAUGAUUGCAAGAAGAAGUUUGUCGAUAUUCUGCCGAAUUUUGUGAUUAGCUGGUGGAAAACGCCGACGCCUGGCAAUGCCUCUAUACUGACAAUCCCAGCGGCGGACUUCCCAGAAUCAGAGCAGCAGUUCCGUUUGGGUUGUGUCCCCAACAAAGCCCCGCAAAGCGAUUCACAAGAUACCAGGGUUGAUAACCAAAGUCAAGUUCAGUCACGGACUUCCGCACCGACGACCUGCAGUGUGUUGGUGACUGUCAAGGCUGCCAGUUCUGCUUCGUACGCGUCACCAAGUCUUCAGACGUUGAUUGCAGUCUCAGGCGCGGCGGUGGUGUCGGGGUUCGUUGUUGCUUCAUUGUAAGCAGGCUGGUUACGCUGUGUCUGAACGCAGAAUUCCGUGCUUCCGCACGCCGCUUCAGUUUUCGCCACUUUGUCGUGGUGGCCCGUCUCCGUUUCCUCCCACACUCCACAGACCACGCUAGGAGGGGCUCGUCUGGUACUGGGAGAGGACGUGUUCUGAUGUCCUGAAACGAGGGCGCUGCGUGGGAACCGGUCGGGCUGAAGAUUCGUCAAGGCCUGGUGGAUGCGACGUAAAUAUGAAAAUGACUUGAUAGCACGAGGGUCGCGGCAAAUGCACACCCAAACAGCAACACUUGUAAGAUAUCUAGUUACUGAAUGGAGAAACGGGAUUCGUGUGCGUGAUGAAAUCGUGCCAAUAGACGAAGGCAUGUGAGUGUGUGAGUGUUAUACCGCCCCCUCCUCUCAGUUGAAUCAUAUGUACCAGAAAAAGGUGAAGGCGUCCCAUUCGGAGUACCAUUCUCGAUUCGGGCGUGAGGAAUGGUGUAUAAACAGGUUUCGAAGCUCCUACCAAAGUAUUUGUACCUAUCGGUCGACAAAAGCAUUUCCGCGCCUCUACCGUGCGAGUAUUCUCGCAACGGUUUGCCGUGGAUACAGGUGUUCUUCUCAGUCACGUAACUGAUGCCUGUCUCGCUCCCACUGGUUGUCUGCGAUAGUUGUAGCGGAAAACGAUGGAGUGGUUUUUGACGUCAGAGG